CGUGUGUGUGUGUGUGUUUGCGUGUGUGUUCAAGUGAUAAGAGCCGUUCGUGAGAGGGAGAUCGAGUUACGUAAAGCCCUCCCCGAUUUCCAGAGCAAAGCACACACAAACAUUUGAAAUGGAAGUGCCGCCGCCUUUGGUCCUCAAGCGUCCGCUAUAUGUCCCCAGCAAGACGCUGAUGGGGCCAGGACCCUCGAAUUGCUCCCAUCGAGUGCUGGAGGCCAUGAGCAAUCCGGUCCUGGGCCACAUGCAUCCGGAAUGCUUGCAGAUUAUGGACGAGGUUAAGGAGGGCAUCAAGUACAUCUUCCAGACACUAAACGAUGCCACCAUGUGCAUCAGCGGGGCUGGCCAUGCCGGCAUGGAGGCGUCACUCUGCAAUCUGAUCGAGGACGGGGACGUUGUGCUCUUGGGCGUCACCGGCGUCUGGGGACAUCGGGCCGCAGACAUGGCCCGACGGUAUGGCGCCGAUGUGCGCUACGUGGAGGCCAGCUUUGGGCGCGCCCUAAGCCAGGAGGAGAUCAAGUUCGCCUUCGAGACACACCGGCCGCGCGUCUUCUUUGUUGCCCAGGGCGACUCGUCGACGGGCAUCAUUCAGCAGAAUAUCCGCGAGCUCGGCGAGCUGUGCCGACAGUUCGACUGCUUCCUGGUGGUGGACACUGUGGCCUCGCUGGGCGGCACCGAGUUCCUAAUGGACGAGUGGAAGGUGGAUGUGGUGUACACGGGCUCGCAGAAGUCGCUCGGCGGCCCAGCCGGCCUCACGCCCAUCUCCUUCAGCAAGCGCGCCCUCACACACAUCAAGCAGCGCAAGAGCAAGCCAAAGGUGUACUACUUCGACAUCCUGCUCAUCGGCCAGUACUGGGGCUGCUACGGCACGCCGCGCAUCUACCAUCACACCAUUUCGUCCACGCUGCUGUACGGACUGCGGGAGGCUCUCGCGCACUUCUGUGCCGUGGGACUGAAGGCGGUGGUGCGACGCCACCAGGAGUGCUCGCGUCGCCUGCAGCUGGGCAUCGAGGAGCUCGGCCUCGAGAUGUUUGUGCAGCGCGAGGACGAGCGCCUGCCCACCGUCAAUACCAUCAAAGUGCCGUUCGGCGUCGACUGGAAGAAAGUGGCAGAGUACGCCAUGCGCAAAUAUAGCGUGGAGAUCAGCGGCGGCCUGGGGCCCACUGUGGAGCACGUCUUUCGCAUUGGCCUCAUGGGCGAAAAUGCCACAGUGGAGCGCGUGGACAUGGUCCUCAGCAUUCUGCACGAGGCCAUUCAGAGCAUCAAGCUGCGGGCUGUUAAGGCGGAACGUUCCAAAAUAUGAUUCCCUUCCCCAUUAGUUGUAAUUGUUCCUAUAAAUAAAAUAUCCCUAAAAA